AUGGCAGAGACUGACAUCCAUCCUCUUCAAACGUCAGUUGCCAAUGACACGAAGGUCUCAUCGUAUAAUAAACAUAUAGGCUCGAAACUUGGAGACCCGGCCAGACGUCUCCUCGAAACUUACAGCAAGAUUUCCUCAGACGAAAUAGAAAAGCAUGUCUACGCAAUCGGUGCUGCUUCGGACAAGAUCUCUGCUGAUGGAGCCCCAUCUGAGCAUCUCUACGGAAGUGAUCUCCGCCCAGAGUUCUUCGAGCUGGGAUACAAAUUAUUCAGAGAUGAGGACACGCUUCAGAGCAACUUUAUUGUCGGAGAUGUAUUUGAUCCUUCGCCGCCAUUGUCCGCGCUGGAUGGGAAGAUUGAUAUCAUAUACGCUGCGUCCUUCCUCCGCUUGUUUGGAUAUGAAGACCAGAUCAGGGUUUGCAAGCGAAUUGUCAAUCUGCUGAAGGAGAAGAAGGAUUCGGUGGUACUGGGAAGGCAGGUUGGAAAUGCCAAUGCGGGGGAACGGCCUCGGAGGAACGGCCCGACUAAGGCGAGACGGAGACAUAAUGAAGAGAGCUUUAAGAAGAUGUGGGAGGAGGUUGGGAAUUUGACUGAGAGCAGGUGGAGGAUGGGUCACGGAGCUGGAAUGAUCCGACCAUGCUUCGAUUGA